UGAGCCGGUAGGAAGCUGCCAAAACAGGCAGGGAAGAAUCCAGUGAAGACAAAAGAUCAGAUAGAGCGACUUUUCUGAAAGCUGUUUCUUUUGAAACAGGAGUAACAAGUGAAAAAGAAAAGCUAAUUUAUUUCCGUCGAUUAUUGCAGCAAACAGACCAACACGUUACAGCUGAGGUGAUGACGACAUAGAAAAGCAGCAGCAGCUUCUCCUCUCUCUGGUGGUGUGUCCUAGUCAUGAGGGUGACCAGCUCCAAGCAUUGUUUGGGCCCUAACGUUUACCCAGAGGUGCCUGAUGGCGGCUGGGGCUGGGCUGUGGCCGUGGCCUUCUUCCUGGUGGAGGUCUGCACCUACGGCACCAUCAAGAGCCUGGGCGUCUUCCUCCAGGACCUGAUGGAAGAAUUUGGGGAGAGCAACAGCCGAGUGUCGUGGGUCAUCUCCAUUUGUGUCUUCAUCUUUACUUUCACUGCUCCCCUGUCCACGUUGCUGAGCAACCGCUUUGGCUACCGUCCAGUGGUGAUGAUGGGAGGCUUCCUCAUCAGUCUGGGAACCAUCAUCUCCGCCUUCACCAGUUCCAUCAACGAGAUGUACAUCACCAUCGGCAUCAUCUCAGGCCUUGGCUACUGCCUCACCUUCCUCCCCACCGUCACCAUCUUAGCCCAGUACUUCUCCAGACGGCGAGCCCUUGUCACCUCUGUCGCUUCGUCCGGAGAAUCCUUUGCUAUAUUUGCAUUUGCUCCAGCCCUCACUGCACUGAAACAACACAUUGGCUGGAGAUACUGUCUGGUUAUUCUCGGCACCAUUCAGGCUUCUGUGAUCGGCUGUGGGCUUCUGCUUCGUCCAAUCAUCAUUGAGCCCCAAAUUGUAAAGGAGGACGAAGAACUGGACAAAGACUCUCUCUCGCUGAAGCAGCUGCAGACUGUUUACGAGCUGGAGAAUGAACAAACUAGAACCUCCAUCAGCUCAGGAGCAUCCCGAAGUUCGGAGGACUCAGGCGUCAAAUCCCUCUCUGCCUCAAAUGUAGACCUGGGGACUGCAGGAGCAGAAACCAAGGCCCUGAUAGAGUGUGAGGUGCAGGACAAAGAGGACCAGGAGCCCUGCCCAGUGAAGAAGGAUGAGGUGGAACUGGCGGAGACAGAGGCGGGUCCUCUCAAGCCCUCCAGUCCCAAACUCCUGGACUUCUCUGUGCUUAAAGACGCAGCCUUCAUCUGGUACUCCCUCUUUGGCCUGUUUGCCACACUGGGCUUCUUUGCUCCGCAGCUCUACAUCAUCGAGCUGAGCAAGAGCCGGGGCGUUGAGCCUGGCAUGGCCUCCUACAUGCUCUCUGUGAUGGCCGUGGCUGAGAUCUUCGGUCGCUUGUCCAUCGGGGUGGUGCUGAACAAAGUCCGCUGCAGGAAGACCCUGGUGUUGUUGGGGUGUGUGGUUCUACUGUGCCUGGUUCUGGUGGGCUUCACUAUUGUGUGGGAGUUCUGGGGCCUGGUGGUCUGCUGCGCCCUCUAUGGCUACUUCUUGGGCACUGUGGGCUCCACACACAUCCCCAUGCUGGCUGAGGAGGACGUGGUAGGCAUCCAGAAGAUGGCCUCAUCUGUAGGAAUGUAUGUCUGCAUCCAGAGCUUCGCUGGGCUGGCUGGACCCCCACUGGGAGGUGUGUUGGUGGAUGUCACAAAGAACUACGGUGCUGCCUUUUACUCCUGUGCUGUGGGCAUGGGGCUCAGUGCCAUCUGCCUGGCUCUGGUCGGCCCGGCCAAGUCCGGCAUGUGCCAAAGAAACCAAAGAAGAAAAGAGAAAGGGAAGAGCAUAGAGGAAGAGGGGAAAACACCUCAGGACAGCGACCAGACGGACUUUUUGGAGGUGGACCUGGCCCCUGAGGACAGUCCUGUUGGACGGACUGUGGCUCAGGACGCCUAACUAAUAUGAACAUGACAUCACCUCAUAACUAAGGACAAAAACAUCAACAAAGGAAAUAUCCAUACACAGUACUUACAAGUCCAGAUGCACAGCGAGCAGCUGCAGUGUCACAGCUGCUGCUGGUUCUGAAUCUCAGGUGUCACUUUCCCACUUUCUGACAAGCUUGAAGUUCACUCCUUCCCAGGAAGGACGGCGUCUCUCCUCUGAGACCAAAGAGACAUCAUGAAGAGCACAUGGUGUCAACGUCAGCUCUUUAACAACUGUACACAAGCUUCUGUUCCAGUUGUUUCACUUUCACACUUCUCUGUGUGUUAUUGGUUUGUGUUCAGUUUGAGUCAGAUUACCGCUAUCUCAGGAAAAAGGCACUGUUGUCAUGGAUACUGAAGCAUGACUCAGAUAAAACAGUCAUGAUCUGUAUCAGAGGCCUCUGUAAUAUCAUGCUUGUUGAUUUCUGCUUUAUGUUUAGUGUCUUGACUGUUUGUUUUCAUGAAAGCCCUGUAACGGCUCUGACUCCUGCUCAACACCUGCAUGUUGUUUCUCCACCUGCUGGAUGCACAUGACCUCACUCCUUCUCAAACCCCAUGGCUUUAAGAUGUAAAAUGAACAGACAAUCUGCCUUGAUGCUUCUGAUGCAUGGAAAAUGAUCUUCACUACAGCUUAAGCAGGACAAGAAAAUCUAGUCAUGCAGUCUGUACAUAUGUCUGUGUCCUGUCUGUUGGUCUUACACACAUUGAUAUUUCACAUUUAACAAUAGCAAUACUGCAGCAGUGCUCGCUAAGCUCCAGCUUGGUCUCUGUACCUGGGGCCUGUACUCUGGAGGUAGUGGGAUGCAAAGGUGUGAAGGAGACAUUUGACAGGAGAGACUCCACAUGAAUCACCUCCUCCCAGAGCCUCUCCUGCACCCUCAGAUCGUCUCCACACCCACCACCAGAUAACUUGAAGUUUAGCUCAUAAACCUUUCUUUAAUCACUGCAUCUUUACUUAAACUGUUUAUAAUGAUGAUUUGAUCACUUUUUAUGUAACUUUUUCAGUUUUUUUAAUUGAGUGUGAGGCAGCUCACUGCUGCACU